UUACUUCACUGUACGUCGAGACUUUACGAGCAGCACGUGAAGGCACCGCGUCUUCUUCCGCGAGCCUCCUGGAGAGACUUUUGAUUGGCUGCCAGUGACAUCAUCCCCCGCUCGUACGUGGGACUCGACUGAAGGCAGCUCGAGCGACGGAGAGAGGCAACGCAGCCCGGCCAGGCCCCGCCCACCGCAGGGCCGGACCUCACUGUACAGACGGAGCGCGUUUAAUAUUAAUGAGGUCGCGCAUUGGCUCAGACGCGCGUCAAUCCCGCUGCGCAACUUCUGUAGGCUGGCAGACUUCCUUCAAUAUUAUUUCUGGGGAGAGCAGGGGUAAAAGUACUAAAAAAAAUGUUGCCGCUCCACAACACCGGGACGGUCUGAAUGGAGGCAACGCUGUCUGCGAGCGGAGACCAUAAAUCCGUCUACAGUGACCCGCGACACACACCGAGCGGCUUGUUGACUUCUCCGUAAACGUCCAGCCCUCGGCCUCCCCAUGCCUCCAUCUCCCCUUGACGACAGAAUUGUGGUGGCGCUGCCAAGGCCGAUUCGACCUCAGGAACUCCAACUGCGCCUGGACACCAGCUACCUGGACUCCAUCGCCACCAGCAGCAGCAGCAAGACAGUCAUCAGCACCACCGUGGUGAAGAUCCGGGCGACGGCCAAUCUUGUAACGUAUAUGCCCUCAUCCAAGGGCUCCACGCGCUCGUUGUCGUGUGGGUGCAGCAGUGCCAGCUGCUGCUCUGUGACUACCUAUGAGAAGGACAGCCAGAGCCUCAACCACAGCCAGGUGAGCGCCAGCAGCCCCAACCUCAGCUAUGCUGGUGCCCCGACUCCUAUGGUCAGCAACCAUGAAGCAUUAAGCGCCCCCAGUCUCACCCCUGGCACCCCGAAGGGCCUGUCAGCCGUGAGGGUCAUCCACCCCAAUGAGCUGGCCAAACGGAUGACCUGCUGCCCCAUGGGACACCCUGUGGGGCCCAUACCGGUUAUCAUCGACUGCCGGCCUUUCAUGGAGUACAACAAGAGCCACAUCCGGGGGGCCGUGCACAUCAACUGCUCCGACAAGAUCAGCCGGCGACGGCUGCAGCAGGGCAAGAUCACUGUGCUGGACCUCAUAUCCUGCCGUGAGGGCAAGGACUCUUAUAAGGGCAUCUUCUCCAAAGAGAUUGUGGUUUACGACGAGAGCACCACGGACCCGGGCAGGCUGACGUUCUCCCAGCCGCUGCAUGUGGUCCUGGACUCACUGAGGAGGGAGGGCAAGGACCCCAUCAUCCUCAAAGGAGGACUUAGCUGCUUCAGACAGAGCCACGAGAACCUGUGCGAGCACUCGCUGCACCUCCACGAGGGUUUGGACACCGGCGCAGCUGCCGGCCUGGCGCUACCUCACUCCCUGCCCUCCACCCCGGACAUCGAGAACGCAGAGCUGACGCCAAUCCUGCCAUUUCUCUACCUGGGGAACGAGCAUGACGCUCAGGACAUCAACCUGCUGCAGCGCUACAACAUCGGCUACAUCCUCAACGUGACCACCCACCUGCCGCUCUACCACUACGACACAGGCCUCUUCAUCUACAAGCGCCUCCCCGCCACAGACAGCAACAAGCAGAACCUGCGGCAGUACUUCGAGGAGGCGUUUGAAUUCAUCGAGGAAGCACAUCAAGCAGGUAUGGGCCUUCUGAUCCACUGCCAGGCAGGCGUUUCUCGUUCAGCCACCAUCGUGAUCGCCUACCUGAUGAAGCACACCUGGAUGACCAUGACGGACGCCUACAAGUUCGUCAAAACCAGGAGGCCCAUCAUCUCCCCGAACCUCAACUUCAUGGGCCAGCUGUUGGAGUUCGAGGAGGACCUCAACAACGGAAUAACGCCACGAAUCCUCACACCAAAGCUGACCGGUGUGGAGACCGUCGUCUGAACGAACAUGCUGACUCGGCGCUCACACUUGUACUCACUCUGGCGGCUGCUCUGCGAGAGCCACUGUAUUCUUCUUGAAUCUCCUCGUGCUCAUCUUGGACUCUCUGGAGUGCCAAAGCUUUGGGUCAGUGGUGAGGAGAAAUGCCAAAAAUCCCUACUGUUCGGACCUGGCCGAAGUCCCGGAGGAGAGGACGAGUUAGAGCGAUAGAGAUGGAGAGAUAGAGAUAGGGAGGAGAGGCGGUCAGUGGGAAGCUUUCCAUCUGUGACCGCAGAGGAGCAAACAUGAGGGGAAAGGAAAUCGGUUUUGGGAAAAGAUACUCUAUGUGCUUAGGGGCAAUUACAGAGAAGAGAAACUCUCAAAGCUCACACUGUGGCACACAGUUUCUGUUUGCAGACUCAGGCGGGGUUGGCCACGGCAGUGCCUGUCAAAAAAAAAGAAAAAAAACAAAACAAAACACACACAAAAAAAACAACAAAAAAGAUGAAGACUUUGAAGUUUGGUGUGUUACUGUUGUUGUUCUAUUUUUAUACAGGGGUUUAUGGGGGUGACCAUGACGAGCCCACAGCGGCUUACUGUGCAAUAAUUUCAGAGUGGAAUGCAACUGAGACCUUGAUCUUAUGUGUAUAUAUUGGUGAUGAUUACGCAACAUUUCCAGCUCUUUGCUGAAAUGCCAUUUUGAUGUUGAUGUAAUUACUGUUGUUCAGUUCUAUAUGUUUAUGGUGCAUACAGUUACGCUGUAAUAUUUGAUGCAGUUUGUGUACAAGAGACAGAAAAAAAUGGGGUUUUCCGUUUUUUUCUUUUUUCUUUUGAGUGCAGCUUCGUGGGUUUAUGUCGGUCACUGAAAUCCAUAUUUAGCGUGUUUGCUUCUUUUUCGUUUUUUGCCAUUCCUACAUCCACAUAUGCAUAUAUUUUAGCAAUACAUCUAUUACCAGACAGCCAUAAGAGCUUAUUUUAAUGCAUGGCUGCUGGCAGAGGAAAGAACACUCUGAAAUAAUCAGUGAAUCUUGUAAAACAGGGCUACUGGUGAUGUUUAAUGUAAUGUAAGAGUUUCACUGCCUGCUUCUGUCGUCUCCUCUGUUCUUUUGACCCCGUUCAUCCAUGAGCCAGCUCUGUUGUAAUGCACUCAUAGCUACACAUAGACUGCGUCUCUAUGUAGCUAUGUGUGAGUGUGUGUGUGUGUGUGUGUGUGUGUGUGUGUAAAUGCCCUAAAUUUUGAGCUUUGGGUUAGGGUUAGUCCACUGUGUGGUAGCAGAGUUAAGGUACAGACAGACAUUCACUUCACCCCGCGGGUCACGGUGUAGCGUGAUGGCGGCGGUACAGUAGAGCAGUACGACCCUUGUUCUAAUCUUCUGCAAGCUCCCCGUCGCUGACACUAAGCUACAGUUAAGUGAGCUCUCCUGCCUUGCAUAGGCGAGCGCUGCUGUCACGUGCUGUUCUAGUGCCUCUAUCGAUGCCUUAAUUCAUGUGUCACCACUGGGCCUGCGCGCGGCACACCAUCACGUGCAGACGAAUGCAGAACGAGGCCGAAUGCAGAGGCUCCUCCUUGUCGCCGUGCCGGUUGAACUUUUUUCUCUGCUGGUUUCCUGAUUCAUACGCAGAAAUUCCAGAAAGUCGCGUUCAAAGGAAAGCCUUUGAGGUGAAAAAAACGUUUGUUGCGUAACUGUGAUCUGGCGGUGGCACUUGAAGGAGAAUCUGAACACCACCGUGAAUUGUAAAUUGACUCCGCACUAAACAAUAGUGUAGUAACCAGUAUAUGCACGCACACAAAGUUUACCUUCAUCCUGUUGCAUCCGAGCACAGUCACCUUUGAUCACAACAAUGACAUGUAGAUACAGAGAGGAAGGCAAAAAAUAUAUUUAUAUAUAUAUAUACUCAACUCGCUAGCGCUACUUCCUCAUGCUUCAUUCUGAUCCAGGCUGCAGAUUUUUUUGCUUUUUUUCCCCAAACAAUCUAAAUUUCUCACACAUAUAACGCUUCAGUUGUUGUGGAAGUUUUAAAAAAAAAAAGGGAAACUUCUAAGUUCCCAGCAGGGUUCAGCAUCAGUGGUCAGAAAUCUACAAGUCACGCCCUGGACCACCGGUUUUACUUAUUGGAUAACAAAGACUAAAGUUAAUUGUCAUGUUUAAUCUUCAUUUAAGUAAAACUGAACACAACAAGGACACAGUGAGUUAUAAAAGAAAUUCUUACAUAUUGAAGAUGUAACUCCUGGUAGAAUUUUUAGCAUUUGCUUGUGCUGCAGCCUAUGAACAUCUUAACCCGCCACCAUGUGCGACUCACAACGGAGAUUGAAACUAGCUAAUUCCAUCAUCUGCAAGUGAGUGACUAGAUUUUCUACCCUGAAUCCAUACUAGCACACAGUAAAAAGACCCUGUUUUGGCAAAAUGACUGUGAGUUCAGACUUUGGACACCAGUGUUGUUGUCUGGAAAAUGUUGCUUUUCCUUUCCAGACUGCUUUGUUUUUCGCCUGAACCACACAUUGUUUUGAAAAAAUCUUAAUUGGUAUUUCAUAAACCCAAGGGCUGUCAAAGUUUCUCAAGCGUAACAGAGCAUCAACUAAAUUUUAACCCCUAAAUUCAGACCACAAAAACAAAGCGCAUGAGGCCUUCUAUUAGUAUUUUGUCGUUCGUCAACUGAACUGAAUGGAAGCAGCUUCCUCACAGGUCAUUGUUCCUGUUCAUAUGUUCCUCUGGUUUGUGUUCAGCUCCCUAUUGUCUGCAUGAAAAGAAAAGAAAAUGAAGCACAGGGCGAACAGUAUUAUCUUCGCCAAAAACAACCAUUUUUUUGCCGCACGGCCUCUGUGAACCAUUACAACUUCAAGAGUACAUCUGAACCCACAAGUUUGUCAGCCAGGUGAAGGAGAAUGCAGGUUUUCAAAGCACAGCGAGAAGAGAUUUACUGUGCACUCUUUAAAGGGACAGUUCACCCCCAAAGUCAAUUGUAAUCAUUUAAUUAAAACAUGUGCCCCAAAAAUACUUUUUCCCCAUUAGCUCACACACUGAAAGAAGUGUCUGUAUGGUGGAUGCAUCUUUUGAGCUUCACAGCCGCCCCAAAAUGACUCGUUUGACUCAUCAUCAUAAUUUGAUCCAUUCGGUCCGAUAACAUUUGGAAAUUGCGGAGGAGCCGCAGGAGUAAAUAAUUUUACCUUUAAUUCAAGGUAGCCAGCAUUUUUCUGUUUCAUUGUCUGUUUUCUUUUAAAUAAAUGAACUGAAAUGUGCAUUUAAGGAGAUAUUUGUAAGAAUCUUACUUUGAAACAUUUAAAAUUUGACAAAAACAUUCAACAGAGUUUGAAGAAAUUAGUCCUGACGUCAUAUCAAAGACAUUUGUGGACUGUUCGCACGCCAACCAGCUAGCCUCUGCCCAUCCUGUCGCUUCAUAGCACUUUGUACCUCAAAAGAGCCAGUAGUGAUUUGUAGUGUGUGGUCUGCACUGAGUCCGACAUGAGAAGAUGAGAAGAUUAAGAGGUAGUGCCUUGACGGGAAGAAACCACUUUUAAAGUGUCGGUAAUGUAGCAAAACAGUUUGUGGCGAGUAAAGUUACAUAAAGCACCUUUAAUUUUGCUGUGAUGCAGCAUUAUGUCUUUGUCUGUUGUUUCAAGUCUCCUUGGAAGUUUUUGGUCUACUUCAUAACUAAUGAUCAUUAUCAGUCCUGAAAAAAACAUAUCGGUCAGCCCCCUAAUCAAAUGUAAUUGCUGGGGGGGCACCAUUAUAUUGGUGAGAAGGCAGACAUGUGGAUAUGUGGAGACGACCCUAAGUCCCCAGCUAAAACAAUCUAGAUGGACAAACAGCCGCACAGGUUAAAGGAAAAAUUGUGUAUUUUUGAUUUUGGGGUCAACUCUCCCUUUAAGGUUUUACAACACCAACAUUCACAACAAUAAGCUCCAAGAAUCCCUCAUGUGAAAAAUUCAUGCUAUGCAAACGAAACUGUAACAGGUUGUGUCUUUACUUGUUCUGUGAGGUCUGAGAGAGAAGAAACACUUUGAGCAUGAAAAAACAGUUUGCAGCCUCAGAUUGAAGUGAGUUGUUUUUUGUUUUUGUUUUUUUACAGGUGUGACUUAUCGAUGAAGAAUUUUAGAAAAUGUGUGUGUGGCGACGCCGCGUCCUCACUUGUAUUUCUGUUGCUGUUGUCAUUGGUGUCUACUGGUGCUCCACAAUAUAUUUGAAUAUGAUAAGAAAAAAAACAAAACGUAUAUGAUAACAAUUUGCCACAUGUUUGUAGUUUGUCCAUUUAUAUUCGGUGAUUUGCAAAAAAAAAGAAAAAAAAGGACAGAGUGCUUAUCAUCUGAGCCAAUGUUAUAUAAGAAUAAUGUACAUUUUCGUCCCAUCUGCUGGUUCCUACGACCGCAGCGGCACAUGGCUUUUUGUAUGUAACGAUCUAUCUGACUGAACAAUGUAACCGUCAUACUGUACAUUACUCUCUGGUUGGAAAACGAAGCAUGCUGUGUGCUCAUGGUCUGUGAGGGACACUCGCAGUCGUUAUGGUGCUGUCUGUCUUUCCCACACUGCUCUUUCUAUAGAGGUCACAGCCUGACUGACAGCUCCAAGAGGCAUCUGGGUAUCUGUUCCCUUUUGUUUGGAUACACGGUUCUGUAUUAGAACAAUAUCAAGCUGUCACGUUUGACGUGCACUCUUUUACGACUAGACUUGUUUAAGAGUCUCUGCUUUGGGCUCAGAGGCUCCGGUGGAAAAUGGGCUUCGCUCUACAAGUCUCUCUAUCUUUCUCUGUGUCUGUAGUCAACGUUCAAGUAUAUACAGUAUAAAAAUAUAUAUCUAUUUUCUUUGUAUGCAUAUAUUCAUUACUAUUUUUGCACUGACCUACGGACAGAUGGAUUUAUUUUUCUUUUUCCACAAAGGGUGCUAUUAUAACGGAGGCCUUCUCCCACACCUUUUUUGCAUGACUUGCUCAAGAUUCCUCAACUGGUCUGUCAUCUCUUCUCCUACUACUCCUUAAACUGUUGCAAUUGAAGCACUGUAAUUUUGUAAUCCCUACUUGUGAGCUUUGAAAUAAACAGGGAGGCUUCAAGUUUG